AUGGCCCUGGAGGCAUGGAUGCCUAGCCCAGCAGAAGCCUUGGGCUCCCGAGACCGCCGCGUCGCGUAUCCGCCGAUCAACAAGAACGACCCUCGUCGAUGCGAGUGGAAGACUUCACAGAUUGCUCAGGCGAGCGCGCAGCGCGACAAGCUCUACGACCUGAGAGAGUGCAACCUCGCAGGCACCAGUGCAGCCGACAACGAUGUAUCAGGAGCUUUGAUGAACAAGGGAGACUUCUCCAACGUGAAUUUUGAGAAUGCGCAGUUGACCAAGGUUGUCGCAGCACAAGCCAACUUCGAGGGCGCCAAUUUCAAAAAUUCUGUGGCGGACCGCAUGGACCUCACGAAAGCCAAUUUGAAGAAUGCAAUUUUCAAGAAUGCAAUGCUGACCACGUCCAGCUUUGAGGAAGCAAAUGUGGAGGGUGCUGAUUUCACAGACGCCUUCUUGGACAGUCAAAGCGUUCGGGUGCUGUGCACCAACCCGACAAUGAAAGGAACGAACCCAGUGACCGGGGCCGACACUUAUCUAAGUGCAGGUUGUGACAUCCAGGAUGCGGGAGCAAUCCCGCUUCGCUGA